AUGGAAGAAGAAUCGACAACAGUGAAAUGUAAAACUUAUGUGCAAACAAAGUUAAGUUUUCCUACAGAAGUAUAUAAUGGUCCCUCUGCAGAGAAAAAAAUACAAAAAGACUAUUCUACACUUUAUGCAAAGGCAAAACAGGAAAUAAAACCAAAGAUUCAAGAUAAAAUUCAAAGUAACCGAAAGAUACCAUCACUUGAUGAAUUUUUAAAAGAUUCAAAAUUAGAAAAAAUCAGUGAUCGUCAACAGCAUCUUGAAACAAAUAUGCAUAAAAAUAAUGUAAUAUAUGAAAAAUCAAAUCCUUCCAAAAGGCUUCGUACUACAUUCUUAAAUUUUGAAAGUAAACAAAAAGAAAUUUUGGAUACAGAUACAGGAAUGCAUUCGGAAUCAUCAAAAAAAGUAUGCUAUGGUUAUUAUUCUAAGUCAUUUGCAGUACUUGCACAAUAUGGAACAUCAAUGAACAACUACAAAAUUUUACGUGAUGAUAAUCUAUUUGAUAAAAAGAUUAAGACAUAUGGAUACAUUAAAAGUAACAAAUGCGAAGAGUACACAACAUCUAAAUAUUGUUUUAAAUGUGAUAAUCUGGCGCAAUUAGAUGCCAUUGAUUGUUUACUUCUCUUGAAAGAAGGUCAGCACAUAUCUGCAAGUAUUAUUUCUCAGUUUGGAAAUAGCUGGAUUCAAUUCGAUGUCAAAAAGUUAUAUGAUACAGUAAUUUCUUCAUUAAAAAAUCGACCUGGUAAUACAAGAUCAACAGAAUUACAACAAUUAUUUAAGUAUGUUGAAAAAGAAAUGUCAGAUUAUUCCUAUUAUACAACCAUUAAUAAAUAUCCUGCACUUGGGCAUAUUAUUGAAGCAGUUGAAACCAAUGGGCUUGAAAAUUGGAUUGGACAAUCUAUUACGAAAGUUAUUGAUAAAAUGCAACGUGAUAUAACUACUAUGAGAGGAAUUGGAGAAUAUCAUGAAAGUUUUAUUGAUUUUUUAAUCGUGCUUAUGUCUAUUAGCACUUUAGCAACACGUUGGCUUACAGCAAAUUUGGCUGGACCAACAAUCCGAUUUUUACGACGUAAAAGAAAUGAAUCAGAUAUCUAUUAUAAUAUUUAUGGAAUAAAUACGUCAAGUUUUUCAGAUAUUAUUACAAUAUGGCGUGAAGCAUAUAAUUAUGCUGGUCCUACUAUAUGUGCAAAAGAUCAAACGAAAGUUGCAGAAUUAAUUGAAGUUUGUAGACAUCGGCAAAAAUAG